AUGUUGACAUGUGCACUAACAAAUGCCUCAGGAAUGUCAGCAUUUCCAAUUCCGUCUCUACGAGGAGUUAUAUUCACUACUGUAAACAUAAGAUUUGAACCAAAAUGCAGCUAUAAAAGAAAAAAUGGUUUCUACCUCUUUCAAAGGCGACCGCUGAUAUUUUGGCUGAAAUUGGAACUGGAAAUGUGCUUUAAAGUUUCACCAAAAUUCUUAAGUGUUCAAAAUGCAAAAAAAAUCCAAAAAUGCACAUUUAAAUAUUUCGCGAUUUUUUCAUUCCAUUUUUUAACAGUGUCUUGCCUGCGCCUUUUAGGACAUUCUGUAAACCUUGUGUUUGUUUUAGCCUACGAUCUAAAUAUUGCAGUUCUCAUUCCAGAUCUUUACAAUGUUAAAGAAACUCUUUCUGUUUUUGUUUCAAUCGGGACUACACAUUUGUUUGUACAUAGGAAAUACACACGUCACUUUUAUCAUGUGUUCACUGGUAAAGCUGGUAUGGCUGGUGGAGAACGCCUCCCAGUACAUCGACAUGGCUUGAAUUUUUCAACGGCACAUACAAUUUUUGUUCAUUGGUUAUUCAUUCCAACUUUUCCAAAUGGAACAACUGAAGCACAAUCAAUAGGAUAA